AUGGGAUGCGCCGAAGACGGGCAAGAUAGCGUGGUGAGCCACGUGGGACGGGAGGGGACGGAUGGUGCGGGAGGGGUAGGGGAGACGGAGGGAGCUGUGGGAGGUGGACGGGGCGCAGGGGAUGAAGGAAAGGGAGAGGACAGGGGGCCCCGGGGGGGGAAGAGGCAGGGGGAAAGGGCGGCCGAGAGAGAUGGCGUCCGGGGGUACCACACGAGGAGCGAAUGCCGGAUGAAAAAGGAGUUGCACGUGGUGGAGGGAGGGGGGGGACGAGGGGGACUAGCCCGGAGGAGGGGGGAACCUAGGCGAGGUAGCUGA